AUGGUCAAACCCUAUUACCGUAUUGUGCCAGAGAGAACAACAGGUACUAUUGCAUCACCAUACGCAUCAAUUCACUAUGAUCAAACAAAAGCAUCCGAUAUUGUAUAUUCACCAAUGUUGUACCAAAUAGGUGUUUGGAACAAACGUGAAAAUGAAUUAGUAUCAAUAAUAACACCACAAGAUGAAUCCUACUAUGGAGGAAGUAUCAAUGAAGGUACCAUGAAGUAUAGUAAUAUUACCUUCAUCACACAUUGCAAUAAUUUUAUUGCUGCUGGAUAUCAAAAUGGUAAAAUUUUAAUUUACAACUUGAAAACAAGCGAACAAGUUUUAUAUACAACAGGACACUCUUCAAGUGUUUCCUAUUUACAAUUUAAUUCCGAUUGCUCUUUACUUGUAAGUGGAGGUGAUGAUACCGACAUUGUUUGUUGGGAUAUUACAGCUUGUCAAGCAAAAUUUAGAUUACGUGGACAUAAAGGAAGAAUUACUGGUUUGAUAUUUUUGGAGAAAACAAAUGCUUUGAUUAGUUCGAGUAAGGAUAUGUUGAUUAAAGUCUGGGAAUUGACUACUUAUCACUGUGUUCAAACAUUGAUUGGUUCUCGUAAUGAAAUUUGGUCAAUUUGUGUAGACUCAGAUGAACAUAGGUUAUUCGCUGGUAGUACGGAUAGUGAAAUUAGAGUUUGGGAUAUUCAAGUAUUUUUAAAUAAGGAAACUCAAUAUUUCUAUGAAAAUGAUCCUGUUUUUAUGGGAACUUUGAAGAGAAGAGAUGAAAGUAGAGUUUUGCAAAUGAAAUUUGACCAUACGGGUACUUUAUUAGCUAUUGUUGGCUCAGAUUCAAAGAUUGUAGAAAUUUUCAAAAUGAGAAAUGAAAAGGAAAUUGAAAAGAAGAGAAAGAAUGCAGAAUCUUUAACACCUAACAUGGAAUAUAAGUGGUGGUUACAAAUCAAGUCUAAUUAUGAAAUUAGAUCUUUGGACUUUAAUCCAUUCGAGUCAGUUUUAACAAGAAGUGAAAUUUCUACAGACAGCGAAGACAAACUCUCAACUAGAAUUUUGAAUGCCAAGAUGAAUGAUUUUAGAGUAAUAAUUUCAACUUUGCGUAACACUAUUGAGGAAUACAAAAUUGAACCAAAUAAGAUUGUCAAAUCCAAUCAAGAUCAAUACCAAGGAAUUACAUGUACAAAUACUAUUGAAAGACAAGGUCACGGUACUCCUGUGAGAUCCAUUUCAAUUUCAGAUGAUAAUGUUACCUGUAUGUCAUUGUCUUCUAAGGAGUGCCACAUUUGGAAUUUGGAAAAUGGUAAAUGUAUCAAGACAUUGAAUGAUGUUGACCAUGGGUUGAGUGCUAUUUGGAUACCUUACACAAAUAACAGAUACUGUUUGGUUGGUACCAAGAAGGGUAACAUUCAAAUAUAUGACGUGAAUAUUUCGGAAUGUAUUGAAACUAUUCAAGCUCACUCAAGUACAAUCUAUAGUAUUCAAUUUGUUCCUCCAAGUAGUUUCAAUGAUAACAAUGGUGGUAUCAUUACUGCCAGUAGUGAUAAGUGUGUUAAAUUCUGGGAAUUUGAAAUGAAAGGAAAGAAUUUGUCCCUCGCAAUCAAGAACGUUCUCGAAAUGAACGAAGAAAUUAUUGCCAUAACUGUUUCAAAGAAUGCUAAAUACUUGGCUGUUUCUCUGUUGGACAAUACUGUUAAAAUUUUCUACAUGGACACUAUGAAAUUCUUCCUCUCACUCUAUGGCCACAAGUUACCAAUCAAAUGUUUGGAUAUUUCUAGUGACGAACAAUUGAUAGUGACUGGUAGUGAUGAUAAGAACAUUAAGAUUUGGGGUUUGGAUUUCGGUGAUUGUCAUCGUUCCUUAUUAGCCCACGAACAAGGUAUUACUUCAGUCAAGUUUAUCAAUGAUACUCACUAUUUCUUCAGCGCCUCUAAGGAUGGUAACAUCAAGUAUUGGGAUGGUGAUAAAUUUGAAUUAAUUCAAGUUGUCACAAGCCAAUAUAUUUCUAAAUCACCACUUUGGUGUUUGGAUAUUAGCAGUGACGGACACAGAAUGGUUACUUCUGGCCACGAAAGAGCACUCUUUAUCUAUACCCAGUCUGAUGAUAUGUUAUUCUUGGAAGAAGAAAAGGAAAAGAGAUUUGAAGAGGAACAACUUGAAAAGGAUUUACCUCACUCCCAACAAUUCAAAGAUUUGUCCUUGGCAGGAGCUGAAGUCACUCAUGCUGGUCAACGUUCCAUGGAAACUAUUCGUGAUGGUGAAAAGCUUAUGGAAAACCUUGAUGUUGCUAUCAAUGAAGAAAUUAAUAUUAUCGAAAGUAUUGCUAAUAAUGUUACAAUUCCUAAGAAUCCUCUCUUGUUAGGAUUAUCUAUUGAGGAAUAUGUUUGGAAGUGUUUGACACGUAUUGCCAGAUCUGAUUUAGAUAUGGUGCUUUCAAUUAUCCAUUUCAGUCAUGCCUAUUUCAUUUUGAAACAAGUUAACAAGUUGAUGAAACAAAAGAGUGUAGAUAUUGAAUUGUCAACUAGAAUUGUUUUACUUUUAAUUCAUAUUCACUACAAGCAAUUAGUUCAAAGCAACAGUGACCAAGAAACCUUUGACUUGAUGCAAUCACUCCAUGAACUUGUUAGAAAUGGGCUUGUACAACAAUCUAAGAGAAUUGGAUUCAACGUUGCCGCUCUUCAAUUUGUAAAGAAUAGAAUGAAGAAUGAACAAGAAUUAUUUGAAUUCAAUAAGGAAUCUAAAGUUAAUGAUAUUGUUAAAUCAUACAGAGAAAGACAACGUGAAAAGAAAAGAUUGGCCAAAUAUGAAGCUGAACAAUCAUCAACAGGUAAAAAGAAGAAGGAACACAAGAGAAUGGCCAAAUUCAAGGGCAUGUUAGAUUCCAUGAUUGAAAAGAUUGAAAAUGACCCAACCAAACAAGUUGUUUUUGAAAGUAAUGUUAAGGAUAAAAAGAUUUCAUCCCUCAAGAGAAAAUUCAAAGAAAUGGAAGAUAAAAAGACCAAGAAGCUCAAGUCAAUGAUUCAAGAUGACGAUGACACUGAAGAUUUCCUCAAUGAACUUUCCUCAUGGGAUUAG